AGGACCCUUGGUUCUCUGUCUUCCUUGCUGCCCAUCAUCAUCAACACACUCCACGAUGAAUACUUUCAUCCUUCUUCUGGCUGUUGGUGCAGCCUCAGCCCAGUCUGUUAUCAGUCCUCCAUCACGAAAUUGCCGUGAGCUGGGAGCGAUGGACGACGGACCCAAGACAGACGAGGCACUUCCUGAGUAUCCUUCAGGCGAGGUGAUGCUGGUGAGAGCGCAUGUUCCCCACGUAGAGAAAGGCACGUUUGAGUUCUAUCUCUGUCCUCGAACGAACCCAACCGACGAGGAAUGUCUCGUGAGGUGGCCCUUGGAUAUCUCUGGAGUGGAGGGACGUCAGUACCAGAUGACAAGGUCUAUCAAAGGAGGAGAGUACGAGAUACCUGUAGUGUUACCUAAUGGUGUUACCUGUGACUCCUGCACCCUCCAGUGGACACUGGUGACAGAGCAGUGUGCCCCUGAGGAUGCCGAGGAAGGGAGAGAUCCUGACUGCUCCGUUCAGAGAACCACACUCUGCUCCGACAUCUCCAUCGUCGAGACAAAACGCCGUCAGAAGAGAGGCUGGGACUUCCUGCAAGGUGUCUUCGGAAAGGCCAUAGAAGGAGCUGCCAGAACCAUUGGUAACUGUAGGAGAGACAACUUUUAGAUCCUCCAAGACACUCUACAACUGGAGAACUAAGCCGUAUUCUGGCCUCUGUUUUUUUUUU